UCAUGGGAACAUUUCCGCGAGGGUCUUAAGAAACAAUGAGGUUCAUUACAAGACACGCUCAAUUAGAAGAGAUUGUUUUGAGUGGAAGUAUGCUGUGUCCACCACGCGCAGCAUAUUUUGGUGACGUUUAAAGACAUGUACAACUUUACCACAUCCAUGACACCUUCAUGGAGCGUUCACGGAGAGCCAGCAGGACGCGUUUUCCUGGGUUGCGCGCUUUCUCUUCUGGUAUUAUGGACGUUAUUGGGGAAUUUCAUGGUUUGCGCUGCUGUCUUGCGCUUCCGCCACCUGAGAGGAAAAGUUACCAACGUCUUCAUCGUGUCUUUGGCGAUGUCCGACCUGCUGGUGGCUGUUCUCGUGAUGCCGUGGAAAGCGGCUACGGAAGUGACCGGACACUGGGCGUUUGGCUCCUUCUGCGAGUGCUGGGUGGCGUUUGACAUCAUGUGCUCCACAGCUUCCAUCCUCAACCUGUGCGUAAUCAGCUUGGAUCGAUACUGGGCCAUUUCGGACCCGUUUCAGUACGAGAGGAAGAUGAACCGUAGAGUCGCCCUUGUUAUGGUCAGCGUAACAUGGAUCGUGUCUGUGGCCAUAUCAUUCGUGCCCGUGCAGCUGAACUGGCACCGGGCAGACCUGGGUACGGUGAACACAAGCAACUGGACUACCAAGGAAAUGUGUGACUCGAGUCUGAGCAGAACCUAUGCCAUUUCAUCCUCGCUAAUAAGUUUUUACAUCCCCGUAGCAGUGAUGCUAGUCACAUACACGCGCAUUUACCGCAUCGCUCAGAUUCAAAUCAAGAGCAUUUCUUCGCUGGAGCGCGCAGCGGAGCGCGCACAGAGCUGCAGCGCAGGUGCGCGCACCUGUCCUCUUCAACACCGCGCCAUAAGAGAAACCAAACUCUUCAAAACGCUGUCCGUGAUUAUGGGGGUGUUUGUGUGCUGCUGGUUCCCGUUUUUCGUUCUGAACUGCGCGGUUCCUUUCUGCAACAAGCCGAAUUGUGUCAGCGAAGCGACUUUUAACGUGUUCGUGUGGUUCGGCUGGUGCAACUCAUCGCUCAACCCGAUCAUCUAUGCUUUCAACUCAGACUUCAGAGAUGCUUUUGCUCGGCUUCUGUGCUGCCAUGGCCUGUGCUCCAAGACACCUGUUGGUGUUCAGUGCAAGGAUCCAGUGGCCAUUAAUAAUCAGGGCAGCUCUGUUACCGCUAUGGAGGUCGGCUGUGCCAGUUUCAGCAGGGUGGACAACGAAAUGCAAUGUCCAUUGGUGGAGCUACAUAUGUUUGCAGACGAGAGCGAGGUUCAGCAUAGUAACUCAGAGGAUUUAUGUCAAAAUAAAUAAUUAGGAUUUGGUGUAGGGGAGACCAGGGGUGGUUUUCGCAUUGAGGAUUAUUUUUGUAAGUCUGCGUGAACACUUUACAGUUUUACAGGCUACGGAAAUCUGCGAUUAAUCAUUUGACACAAUGUACUUGUUGUGUAUGUCCAUGUUUUUACAUCGGGCUUAUAUUUUUAAAAGCCUGUGUGUGAUUACAUUUGUAAUAUAUAUUUUAAUAUUUAUAUCUAUAAAACAAGCCACACUUAAACGCAACUCUAGUCCA